GGCCACUUCCGCCCUCCCCGCGCAGCGGGAGCUUCGUUCUCUCGCGAGAGGCGCGAGGUGCGGAGCCGUCGGAUGCUGAGAAGCCGGGAGCGAGCCCCGGGUGGCAGCUUUUAGGUCCACAGCACUGCAGGAAUGGCAGAUUUUGGGAUCUCAGCUGGCCAGUUUGUGGCAGUGGUCUGGGAUAAGUCAUCUCCGGUGGAGGCUCUAAAAGAUCUGGUGGAUAAGCUUCAAGCCUUAACUGGCGAUGAGGGCCGAGUGUCUGUGGAAAACAUCAACCAGCUGUUGCAGUCUGCCCACAGAGAAUCUAGCUUUGACAUUAUUUUGUCGGGUAUAAUUCCUGGAAGCACCACUCUGCACAGUGCUGAGAUUUUGGCUGAGAUGGCCCGGAUCCUUCGGCCUAGUGGAUGUCUUUUUCUGAAAGAGCCGGUAGAGACAGCUGUAGCAGUUAACAGUAGCAAAGUGAAGACGGCAUCUAAGCUGUGUUCAGCCCUGACUCUUUCUGGUCUUGUGGAAGUAAAAGAGCUGCAGCGCAAGUUCUUGAGCCCCGAGGAGAUUCAGUCUGUCCGAGAACACCUGGGUUACCACAGUGACAGCCUGCUCUCUGUGCAGAUCACAGGAAAAAAGCCCAAUUUUGAAGUGGGUUCUUCUAGUCAACUUAAGCUUUCUACUACCAAGAAGUCUUCCGGGAAGCCUGCUGUGGACCCUGCAGCUGCCAAGCUCUGGACCCUCUCGGCCAAUGAUAUGGAGGAUGCGAGCGUGGAUCUCAUUGACUCAGAUGAACUGCUGGAUCCAGAAGAUAUGAAGAAGCCAGACCCAGCUUCCUUGCGGGCUGCUUCCUGUGGGGAAGGGAAAAAGAGGAAGGCCUGCAAGAACUGCACCUGUGGCCUCGCAGAAGAACUGGAAAAAGAGUUGAGGGACCAGAUAAGCUCCCAGCCCAAGUCGGCUUGUGGAAACUGUUACCUGGGCGAUGCUUUCCGCUGUGCCAGCUGCCCCUACCUUGGGAUGCCGGCCUUCAAACCUGGGGAGAAGGUGCUCCUGAGCGACAGCAACCUCAAUGAUGCCUAGGGGAGGGCCCGGCCUGGGACACACCUGCUCCUCCGCCAGCUCCUGCCCCUCACGUCCCACCACGUGGUUCCUCCGUCUCCUCUCGAUUGGCUCACUCUGGCUUAGGUCCAUUGCGGAGAGGGUGCUCAGCGGACAGAGUGGAGCUGGCUGGGCACAGUGGUGUGGAGUGCUGCUACAGAUCAAGACCACGGUAUCCUGGGGCCCUGUUACCCUGAGUGGGGGCCUUCUUCACCCAGUGUUAGGUAAACGGGGCACAUCCCAAGUAGGCCCCUCUCCCCAGGUCAAAAUGCCGACAUUUUGUAACACUCUCCGAGCCCGCCAUCCUUGAGUAUUAACACUGUGACAGAGAGGGCCCCGCCCCAUUCUAAGCUCCGCAGUAGUGCCACGGCUUAUCUUCCAGAGUUGGUGGUUUAUUCACCAUGCAAUUUUCUUGGUGACAAGAGGCAAGUGCCUCAUAACCUCAGAGCACCAAGGGAAUCACUCCUUGGUUGCUGUGAUCAUACCCAGUGCCCCUCUGCCCCUCCAGUCCUACCCCCCAUCCCUGUUUUACUGUGUUGCAUCUGUGUCCUGUUGUCAUUCCUGUUAAUCUCCAGGUAUUAAACUUACAUACUAAUGUAUAUUCGCCGUGAAGAGGGGAUAUGUCUGUGUGUGUGUGUGUGUGUGUGUGUGUGUGUGUGUGUGUGUGUGUGUGUACGCGUGAUGUCUGACGCAGCCAUCCAAGCUCACCUGGGACCACAAAACUCUUUUCUGGAGAGACUGAGUCACACCACAUGGGGCCAGUCCUACACUUAUAGAUCAGGGCCUCUCUCCAUCUACUUUAGAAGAGUCCAGGUUGGUGAGCAUUUAGAGAGAAGCAGGACAGAAGUC